CCGGCGACGCGAAGGCGGAAAGGCGGAAGUGGAGGCCGAGACUUGGGCCCGGAGUUUUGUUUAAUCUGAAGCAGUGAAGAGAAGUGGAAUAAGAGUUGGGAGAAGGGCGACGCCGUUGCCGCCGACACCGCCGCCCUUGUUUGCUCCGUUGCCACCGUGUGAUUCGAACUUGCUGAUAGCGGCCUCUGAAGUCUCAGCCUUGACGCAUCACUUCUGCUGUUGAAACUUGGAACGUUUCUUCAAGCCUCUGCACUUUAGGCCAUGACGGGUCGGGGUAACGCGGCUCGAUCCAAUGGACCAGCCGCUGGGAACAAAAUCUGUCAGUUUAAAUUGGUGCUCCUGGGCGAGUCAGCAGUGGGCAAAUCCAGUCUCGUUUUGCGCUUUGUGAAAGGACAGUUCCAUGAAUACCAAGAAAGCACAAUUGGAGCUGCCUUUCUAACGCAGACAGUCUGUUUGGAUGACACAACUGUUAAAUUUGAGAUUUGGGAUACUGCUGGACAAGAGAGGUAUCACAGCUUGGCACCAAUGUACUACAGGGGGGCGCAAGCUGCCAUUGUGGUCUAUGAUAUAACCAACACAGACACAUUUGCACGGGCGAAGAACUGGGUAAAGGAACUACAGCGACAAGCCAGUCCGAAUAUAGUGAUUGCAUUAGCUGGGAACAAGGCUGACCUUGCAAAUAAGCGAGCAGUGGAAUUUCAGGAAGCACAAGCAUAUGCAGAAGACAACAGCUUGCUGUUCAUGGAGACAUCAGCAAAGACUGCAAUGAAUGUGAAUGAAAUAUUUAUGGCCAUAGCCAAGAAGCUGCCGAAAAACGAGCCUCAGAAUGCAGGUGGAACCUCGGGCCGAACCAGAGGUGUGGACCUCCAGGAGACCAGUCCGCAAAAUCGGAGCCAGUGCUGCAGUAAUUAAGCUGGUAAUUGCAGGUGUCCUCACAAAACCCGACCGGAAUCCCCUUUUACCACUCGCACUUACCGCAAGAGCGGCUGCAGAUCGCUGCAUUGAUUCUUCACACCACUCCAAUCAUCCAGGAGGAAGUUCACCAACACUUUUUCCAUAUGAAAUUUUAAGUCUUAAUCACUUAAUAUCAACCUUUAGCUCUUCCCUUCUAAUUCCAGCGGCGGAUGCAUGCACCAGUUACUUUGAGCCAACUUUACCUGGCAAUUCCUUCAUUUUCAGACUCUACAAUCUUGUAUAUUAUUCUGGAGAGCGAAGAUAUUAAAAAAAAAAAAAUAGAUUAGGUGUCUUUGUGAAAAUCUGCCUAAAGAACUACUUAGUAUGCAACCCCUCCAAUAAACAUUAACAAAUUAAUUUAACAAGGGGAAUCAGCGGUUAAAUGCUCGUGGUUUUGACCAAAUCACAAUUAUGAAUUUUGAAAAAGAUCUCUGUAUUUGUAAUGUAAGUUUUCUUUGUAUUCAAUCAGUAAACCAUUGUCCAUACAGCACCUUCCAAUAUAGCUGUUUUGUUUUUCCUCUUUGUGUUCGGAUAGCAUGGAGUUUUCUUUUUGGUUUCAUGUGUUAUGCACAAUUCUGUUCAAAUCUUGCAAUAAUUGUAAAUUUCAAUGUCCAUGGAGGUGAUGUGAUGUCCCUAAUGUUAGCAAUUGCAAUCUUACACAAUGCUCGGAUUUGUGGUGUUCAGUCGUGCUAACACUGUUGGCAGUGAAAGAACAUGUUUGUCUGUGUGAGAGAUACCAGUCUGUAAUAAAACAAGUCUGUAAUUUGACAAAUAAAAAUAGAGGGAGGUAUAAA